AUGAAAACAGGAAUAAGUGCGCCAAUAAAUUUAGAAAUAAGAGAUGACAGACUCAUUAACAAUGAAGAAAGCAUAAUAGCAAAAGGACAAGGAAAUUUAGGAGUAGGAAUAAUUAAAUUUGAUAUUAAUUUACAACAAGGUUUAAGUCCAGACGGAAAUCUUGAUUCCUUAAUAAUUAUAAAAUAUGAACUUAAAAGAGACAAUUUUAUGAGAGAAAAUAGUAAACCAUUUUCAGUAACAUAUCAAAUAAACUACGCUUUGACCAAUAGUCAUCAUAGUUUAACAUUCAAGGAUAAAGAAGUAAUUACCAUAGAAGAUUUAUUUAAACCACUAAAACAUUUAGAAUCCCCUAUAAAAAUAAUUAAAUCAAACUAUAGUAAUCCAAGAAUUAGCAUAGACGAACAAAAUCCCUCUAAAAGAAUAACAAACAAGUUAAAAGAAGAAGAACAAGAAGAGAUAAAAAAAAUAUUACGAUACUUCAUCAAUAUGAAGACAAUAUUGAAAUAA